AUGUCCAAGCCAGAGGUACGUGCGCGCGCGCGUGCAUCCGCUGUCCAAGCUGACCUGCACUAUCAGCCCUCGUACCCCCCGAUCGAGCGCGGCGCGUCCCUCCUCCUCGCGUGGCGCCUGGACGGGCGGCGCGUCCUCCUGAUCGGCGGCGGCGCCGUCGCGGCCUCACGCCUCGGCUUCCUCCUCCAGUCAGGCGCGCACGUCACCAUCGUGUCUCCUGGCCCGCUCGAGCCGUCCAUCGCGUAUCGCGUCGCCACCGAGCCCGACCACAUCACAUGGCACGACAGGUCGUACGGGUCGAGCGAGGGCGGCAACGUGAGCGCCGACGACGAGCUGCCCGUCGGCGACUACGACAUGGUGCUUACUGCCGUCGACGACGUCGCGCUCUCGCGCGCAGUGUGCCUUGCUGCCCGCGAGGCGCGCACGCCCGUCAACGUCGCCGACGUGCCGCCCGAAUGCGACUUUUACUUUGGCGCACAGGUUCGCCGUGGGCCCCUGCAGGCCAUGGUGUCGACCAGCGGCGCGGGCCCAAAGAUCGCGGUCAUUGUGCGCGACCUCGUGGCCGACGCCAUCCCGGACAACGUCGAGGACGCGAUCGACGGCGUCGGCAAGCUGCGCACCGAGCUGCGCGAGCGCGCCCCAGGUGUCGGCGGAGAGCUGAGCAAGCGCCGCAUGCGCUGGAUGAUCGGCACCUGCGAUGCCUGGACGCUCGGCGAGAUGGGCGCGAUGAAGGACGAGGGUGUGAGGAAGAGGCUGCUGGAUGACGGGUGGGAGAAGAACAAGGUGCUCGGGCCCGAGGCUGUCGGCGUCGGCAGUGGCCUCUCGGCGCGCGCGACAAAGGCACUCCACGGCGCCGCUGGCCUGUGGGCUGCUGGUGCCGGCGGCUUGGUCACUGGCGCUGCGAUCGCGACGCUCGCGACAUUGUACUUUGUGCGGAGGUAG